UUGGACUUCCGAUUCUUACAAGCGUCCCAUCAUAUGAACUCAACCUCUCUCUCUGUCUCUCACCCUAGAAAAAAUGAAGAUGGAUCACUACCCAAAGGGCUCUCUCUCCUACCUCACCGUCCUUUCUCUUCUCUUUGCCGGCUUUCUCUACCUCUGGAUCACUACUUCAUCUUCCACCUCAAACCCUUUGCUCCCUAUUCAGUCCCAAUACAACUGCUUACCCCAAAACCCUGAGAUCGCCCCCGCCGCCGCCAUUGCAGUCCCGAGGGACGACCUCGAGCUCGUGCUGAGCAAGGCGUCGAUGCCGAACAGGACGGUGAUCAUCACAUUCGUCAACCGGGCCUACGCAGACCCCGGCGCAGAGGUGGAUGCUGGCACGACUUUGCUGGACCUGUUCAUCCGAAGCUUGUGGCUCGGGGAGGGGACGAGGGGGCUGCUGGACCACGUGGUGGUGGUGGCGAUGGACCGGGCGGCGUACCGGAUGUGCCGGUUCCGGCGGCUGAACUGCUACCGCUUGGAGACGGAUGGCGUGGAUUUCAGGGGAGAGAAGGUGUACAUGUCGGAGGACUUCAUCAGGAUGAUGUGGAGGCGGACGGCCUUUCUCGGCGAUGUUCUCAAGCGGGGUUACAACUUCAUCUUCACGGACACAGAUGUGAUGUGGCUCAGGAAUCCAUUCACAAAGCUGAGCAGGAACGAAAGUGAGGACCUCCAAAUCAGCACCGACGUCUUCAACGGCAACCCGUGGUCGGAGGACAACUUCAUCAACACCGGAUUCUACUCCAUCCGGUCGAACAACAAGACGGUCGCGCUGUUCGACGAAUGGUACUCAAGACGAGAGAACGCCACGGGCAAGAAAGAGCAGGAUGUCCUAUUGGGCCUAGUCCGUGAGGGCGUGCUCAAGAGACUCGAUCUCCGCGUGCGGUUCCUAGACACGAUCUUCUUUAGCGGAUUCUGUGAGGAUAGUAAGGAUUUCACAGAGGUCACGACAGUCCACGCGAACUGCUGCCGGAGCAUCACGGCUAAGGUUUUCGACCUCACUGCAGUGCUUCGAGAUUGGAAGAGGUUCAAGUUGUUGAGGAAGAAGAUGGCGGCUGCCAAUGGGACGGUGGCGAGCUGGAGAUGGACGAACCAUAUGGGGUGUUGGCGUGCUUGGGGAGUGCGAGGCAACAGAAAUAAUUAGAUGGUUUUCACGUUUGUUGGCCAUUCUUUUCGUUGUAAGUAUGUCAUUAAAUUAUUGAGCAUCGAUGGAACUUAGAAUGUAAUAAAAAUGACAGAACGAACGUACCUAUUAUUACUUUACCUAAGGACCCGAACCUAUACGAAUCGGACCGUGUUUCGGG